GCGGCGCCUGGGGAGCGCUGCGGGGCUCUGCGGAGCCGCUAAUGGGCCGAGUCCAUUUCAGAGGGAUGACGCCACUUGGGUAAAGCGUUAAGAGCUCCGGGAAGGCAGCGCAGAGCGAGGGGGAGCGCGAUGCUCCCGGGCAGCGCCAGGAUCUUUAGAUGUGCCCUGAUGCCGCAGGGUCUCCCGGCUCCUGGAAAUGCAGCUCUCUUCCAGCGUGGCUGAACUCAGCUGCGACGAGACCAUGGACCCACCCGCCGAGGACUUCCAGCAGGUGCUGUCCAUCGACCAAAUCCGCUCCAUCCGCGCCAGCAACAACUACGUGGAGAGGCCGGCGGCGUGCUUCCAGCAAGCCCGCUCCAACCCCUCGCUGUCGCAGCCCCCGCACAAGCAGGAGUGGUCCCAGGACCGCCUGGCGUCUUCCACCUUCCAGGACCUGCACCGCAGCCACAGCCAGCAGCACCAGGCGCCGCCGCCGCAGCCGCACCUGAGCCACUCGAGCACGGCCAGCUCGGUGUCGCAGAGCACCACGGCCUCGGAGCAGCGCCUGCUGAGCAGCCUGACGCCGUCGCACUCCGGGCACUCUCUGGUGCGGACGCAGCCCCGCGGGGCUGAGCUGAAGGCCGAGGAGUCGCCGCGGAAGGGCGCGGAGCCGGCGGCGGGGCACGGGGCGCACCUGGUGCUGUGCGAGGCGUGCGGGCGCUGCCGCUGCCCGCGCUGCACGGCCGCCCGCAGCCUGCCCUCCUGCUGGCUCUGCAACCAGCGCUGCCUCUGCUCCGCCGAGAGCCUCCUCGACUACGGGACCUGCCUCUGCUGCGUCAAGGGGCUCUUCUACCACUGCUCCACCGACGACGAGGACACCUGCGCCGACGACCCCUGCUCCUGCGGGCCGGGCUCCUGCUGCGCCCGCUGGGCUGCCAUGAGCGUCCUGUCCCUCCUCUUGCCCUGCCUCUGCUGCUACUUUCCCACCCUGGGGUGCCUCAAACUUUGCCAGCGGGGCUAUGACGGCCUGAAACGCCCCGGCUGCCGCUGCCAGAGCCACACCAACACGGUCUGCAGAAAGAUCUCCUCGGCCAGCGGCACGCCCUUCCCCAAAACGCUGGACAAGCCGGUAUGACCCUCCCGAGGAGGAGAAGCGGGCUUUGCUCCUCUUCCUCCCCCUCCUCCUCCUCUUCUCUCCUCCGUCCCGCUCCUCCCUCGGCUCCCUCUGCCCUGCGGUGCCCUCCCCUUCCCGCCAUCACCUUCCAGGAUCCAGACGGGUCACCUGGGGAUCCCCAGGCUUUGGGACGCCCUGGCUGUGGUGCCGGGGGAGCUGGCACUGAGCUGGGGGGUACCAGUGGUUCUGCACGUACAGGAGAGGGACAGGAGAGGCAGAGCAAGCUGAGGGUGCCCUCCCUGGCUGUGUCCCACAGGGAAAGGUGACCCAGAGGGUCCUUGGGCUCUGCCCCCACGGCAAGGGUACCUUGGGCCCCUCAGGGCUCUGCUCUCCAUAGUUCUAGGAGGUGCCCCACAGUAUGGUCCUUAUCCAUGAGGGAGGAGACAGGUCAGUGCGUCCCUGUGCCAGAGUCCCUCGGGAGCCAGACCCCUCUCCCACUCUUUCUCCCUCUCCUGCACUUUCUGUGGGUGGCCUUUCGCCCCUCAGCUGGCCACAGGUCCCUUUCCCUGAGGGGCUGGGGUGCCAAGGGCUCUCACCAUUGGCAGUGGCUUCACUCCAGGCUGGGAAGACGCUGGGAGAAGCGAGCGAGCUCCAGAAUGAGGUGGCACCGUGUUUUUCUAUCUCAAAGAGGAAGAGAAGGUGUGGGAAGCUUUAGAAACCUUCUGGCAGGGGAAGGAGCUAUCGGAGGCAGCCCAGCCCACUCUCUCCUGCCCGACUGCAGCAAGGGAAAGGUCCCCUCUGGGAUUUGGCUGAGAACAAGGAGCUGCUUGGAAAUUGCCAUUCAUUUCUCCAGGCCUUGGAGGGCUGCCUGAGGUGGGAGCUGCCGCCUGGCUCCAUCCCACCACCCAGCAGAUGCCACAGGCACCAGCUCCGCGCUCGAACCCCGAUCUGGUACCUUCCACCAGCACUGAAUUCACUUUAAAAAACUACAGCAAAGCCAACUGUGAGCAGCCACCACUCCGGGGACUCCCCGGCAGGGCUUCUGUCACCUUGCCUUGGGCUGGAGGACAUGGAAAGCAGGAGGGGGUGUCAAAGCUGGGGAGCCCGACCUUCCCUCCCUGCCAAGUUUCCUUUGAGUCCUCACUUCACUGAGGGGGUUCUGCCACUCGCUGACAGCUGGGAACAGGGCUGGAGCCAGACCAUGGGGCCAGACCUGGGGCCAUCUGCAGAGCAGAGGAUGCUGCAAUCCGAGUCAGGGCUCCGUGUUUCCUGCUGGGAUGAUGAUAACCCCAACUGGUGGCUGUGGCAGGGGGACUCCAGGUGCUCCUGGGCUCAGCCCCAUGUCUGUGCAGUGCCAGCUCCUGGUUGUGGCCCCGCUGGCAUCCUUUGGGGGAGUUUGGAGCCGGGAUGGCGUCCUGGAGCUCGGCUCUGCCUGCCUGUCCCCCUUCCCAGGGGUGGGAGCACGAGAGGGGGGAAUGGUGCUCCUGGAGGAAUAUAUGCAACACAUCCCUUGGCUUCUCCAAGCCCCAGCUCCCAGGGCCCGUCCGCCGCCUCCUCCCAGCCGCCUCUUUCCGUAGAGUUCUGUGGAUCUAUUUUUGUAGAUAUAAAUAUAACGUUAGGAUGGGUAGGUCUAUUACUAAUAAUAUUCAUGAUACUGCUGUGAACGGUGCCAGGUACAAGGUUUGGCUUCCUGGUGCACUUGCACAGGCUGGAAAAGAUGAUUUCCCAGUCAGUUUAUUGCUAAUCCCAGACCCUUGGUUCCCAGAUUGUUGGGAGUGGGGGAAACGGAGGUGUACAGAUUGUCUGGGGGUCUGCUCUGCAGGGAGGGUGGGAUUCAGUGCUGGCUGAGAGGGGAGGCAGGAGUGGAAUCUCAUUGUGGGACUCCUCUUUCCAUCCAUUCACUUUCUAAAAAUCACCAUGGAUCCAAGCUCCCUCUGUUGCGGGGAGAAGUGGUUCCAGGGAGUGAUUCAUCCCGCUUGGAAGCGUUAUUCAUCAAAUCCUGUGCUGGCUGUGCCCAGCUCCCCUGACUCAAAUGGCACCCAAACAUUGAACUCCAGGCUCCAUGGGGAAGGGGAGAUGAGUCCCAUGCCUGGUGGGAGGUUUGUGCUGGAGGAUGUGAUGGACGUGAGUGAAAUCCUCUCCCUGAUUUCUCCCAGAGCCAGAGGGGGGGUGUGGAAGGAUCUGUGGGUGUCUCAGGAGGAUGCUCUGGCAUCAUGCAGAGGGAUCUCCUGGCAUUAGGAAAGGACAGAGCCCCAUCUGGGCACGGUCCAUCCCUGAGGCCAGCCUGGACUCUGGAAUCAUUUGGAUUUUAAAGCCAUGACCUUCUCAGAGGAUGCCCUGUAGGUGUGCGAACCCCUCUAAGAUCAUUCCUGUGGCAGCAAAUAUAAACUGCAUUACUAAUACAUUUAUCCUUAUGCCAAUAAUUGCUUGGCUCCCUACUUUCAAGUGAUGUUGUGGGGAGACACUUCCUCCCAGAGUCUCCUUCCUUUGGAAGGCUCAGUUCACUCUUCUAUUGGUGCUGAUUAAACUCCUUCUUCAUAAAAACCAGAGAGCAUUUUUAGGGAGAAAAGGUCCCUUUUUCCCUGUGGGUUGGAGGAACUGUCUCCCUUGAAUGAGAAUGAGAAACAGUUCAUUGAAACUUUUUAAAGAAAACUAAUGAACAGAAUUUUCCAA